CUGGAUAAGCUUCAUCAGCAGGGGCCCUGGUGCCUUAUAGGUGACUUUAAUAAUGUCCUCAAGUCUCAAGAUAUAAUUGGGGGUAGUAUAGUCACUGAAGCUGAAUGCUCUGAUUUACAGGAUUUUAUGGAUAACAACAACCUCUUAGAGAUGGAUCUCAUUGGGGAUUAUUACACUUGGUCCAACAAGCACUUUACAGUUACCAUCUAUUCCAGUAUAGAUGGGCUUUUGGCUAAUGUAGAUUGGUUUUACAAUCACUUGAAUUCUACUCUUAGGAAUCUGCCUCCUCUUGUCUCAGAUCACUCCCUGCUUUAUUUGGCUAGUCAGCCUAGGGUUGAAAAACACCACACCAGAGUCAGAUUUGUUUAUUGUGUAACAGAUGUAGAUGGUUACACUGAUAUGGUAAAAGAUAGUUGGAAUACUCCUCUUGUUGGUAGACCUAUGUAUGUCCUUUGGAAUAAAUUGAGGAGAGUGGAGCCUGUUCUGUAUAAAAUGCACAAGUCGUUGAUUCUUGCUAAGUAG